AACCCGGCGCGCGCUCAGCUCAGCUCAGCCCUCGCCCCCUCCCUGCCCGCCGUGAGGGUCCCUUGGGAACGGGGUUAGAAGGGGACGCAUUACAAAACCCUCUGGCAGUUUUGGGCGGCCUUGGAAAACCCCGCGGAUGAGGGAAAAGACUUAGGACGUGAACCCCAACUGUCCCCCGACUGCCCGGGAGUGGGUGAUUCUCGCCAGGGAUAGCCCCCGGGGAAGGGCCCGAGUUGAACAAGGCGCACGUCCCUGCGAGACUCUGGGCAGGCGAGGGCAUGGACAGGGCAGUCCCUUCGCGCUUUGGGAGCUGCUGCCUCUCACCUCCAACCUCCUGCCAGUGGGCAGCCCUCGAGUGUGUCAUGCUGGAGAACAAAAGGGGCUCAUUUGAUAAAACACGCAAAAUAAUUUGAGGAUUAUUUGCUUCAGAGCUCUCUCAGUGUAUUUUGAGAAAUUAUGGAUCGGCACAUUCCCAUGCAUGCAUUACCUGAAGAAAUCCAAAAGAUGUCCCCUGAAGAAAAAGUCUGUAAAUUCUGUGGAGUCAGCUAUUUAAUUCUUCAUGAGUUUAAGUCUAUGGAAGAAAAAGUAAAAGCCAUGGAAAAAGAGAUGAAAUUUUAUCAAGGAAGUAUAGAUCGUGAAAAGAGACUUCAAGAAAAGCUACAGGAUCUUAGUCAAGAUUUUGAACAGUACAAAAUUGAAAAUGAAGCCAAGAUGAAAAGAAUUCAAGAUACCAGCAUGCAGUUAAAAAGUCAGCAAAAUGAAUUUCAGAGAGUUCAGAAAGAGUUGAAUCAUCUGCAGCAUGAGUUAAAAAUUCAACAUAGACAAUCACAAGUCUUCAGUCAAAGAUUGAUGGAGUACAAAUAUUUCUGGAAUAAGACUCUUUCAUUACUUACUUUUACUAAAAGGGAGCUAACCAGCAUUAAAAAUGAACUAUAUGAUAAUUUUCAAAACUGGACUUCACUGAAAGGAGAAGUUUUUCUACAAAUUAAAUCCAUAAGUGAAACAGCCUUAACAGAAGUAGAGAUACUAAAUAAAAGUUUGACAGUGUCCCAGAGAAACAAGGCAUGCUUGGAAGAGGAGAUGAAAAGUCUGAAGCUGCUAUCAGAUGCAGCCAUCCUGAGGUCCCAGGAGAUCCAGGCAUCCAAGCAGCAGGAAGUCAACCUGCAAGCAAGGUGCCACAACUUGCAAAAGGAAGCACUAGAUUUACAAAGUCAAGUAGAAUCACUUGGGCUAAGACUUCAGAGGGCAGUGGCAGAGGCGGACAACUACAAAGAAAUGUUCAUGAAUAAAUCUAAUGAAGCUGAUGACUGUCAAAGAGAACUUAGAAAACUGAAGUUUGAAUCCAUUAUUUCUGACUCACGGCAUACAAGAUUGCUUAAAGAAAAAGAAGACUCUUUAAUGGCUUGUCAACAAAUAUAUAAGACUUUACAGGAAGAACUAACUGCAAAAGAAAGGCAAGAAGAGGACACAAAAAGAAGAAUGAACCUUGCAGAAAAUGAGCUAGAGAUAACCAAAGCUCUUCUGAAAAAGACACAGGAAGAGGUUGUAACACUGAAAAAUGAAAGGGAAUUGAUGCUAAUUUCACAUCAGAAAAGCAUUGAGCAGCUGCAGGAAACCCUUAGACAGAAGCUGCUGAGCGAUGAUAACUGGAGGGAGAAGAUUGAAGCUGAACUUGCCAAGGAAAGAGCCCGGCAUUUGGCUGAAUUUGAGGCGCAAGCUCUGCUCUUUAAAGAAGAAGCUAGACUGGAACUUGAUAUUGAAAAGGAAAAACACCAAGAAAUAAUUCAAAAGUAUAAGAAAGAACAAGAGGAACUGCAAAUGAAGAUCUCCAACUUAAUCGCAGGCGCUACCAGAGACCUGCGACAGGAAGUGGCCACUCUUGAGGGAAAACUCUAUGAAUCCCAUAAGCGAUUUUCUGAAAAAUCUGAGUCCAAGGAGAAAGAAAUCGAAACACUUAAAAAUUUGGUGGCAGAAUUUGAAUCUCGUUUGAAGAAGGAGAUAGACAGUAAUGAUUCCAUUUCAGAGGACUUACGGAAGGAAAUGAAACAAAAGUCAGAGGAACUGGAAAGAGCAAUUCUGGCCCAGACAGAACUGAGGCAGCAGUUCAACCAGUCCCAGGAAGAGAACACUUUUCUUCAGGAAACGGUGCGGAGAGAGUGUGAAGAACGCUUCGAGCUGACAGAGGCUUUGAGUCAAGCCAGGGAACAGCUCCUGGCGUUCCAGAGGCUCAGUGUGAGCCUGCCACUGUCCCCAGCUCCCCUCAGCCAGGGUGGGCUAACCUCCCCCAUGGCCACUGUCAGUGACCAGGGAGAGAGAGGCCUGGCAAGACUGAACUCUACAAAAGGAUUCAAAAUAUCUAGCCUGCACGGGCUGCCAAGAGCCAGCACUUCCCCCACCACAGCUAAGUCCCAACAGUUCCGCAGCUCGGGUCUGCCCACUGUUCCCCAGCCGCAUCCUCCCAGAGGCCGGCCAUCAGUCGCAGAGACCAAACAAAGGCUGGCAGCCAUUCUGCGGGGGAGAAUGAACCAGCGGUGAUGGAUCCGCCUCAGGACAGUGAGGACAGCAAAGAUCAGUUAUUACCACAGACCAAGGACUCAUGGCUGGAGGUAUUUUUAACAAGAGUGUAAAAACCUAGAAAAAAUUGUGAAGCCACAUUUUUUUCCAAAAGGACUUUGAGAUUGCAACAGACAAUGAAGUUGUUAGCAUUCCAGAGGACCGGUUUCUGUAUUCAUGUGCUGAAUGUUUAGCUGUCCUCCAUGAAUUUGCUUUUUUAGAAGUCGUAGGUAGAAUUUUUCACCCAUAGUAUCAUUUAUCUUUUUUUGCGCCAUAGCAAGCAGAUCUGUGCUCAUAAAAAGUAGAUUGUACUGGUUUUGUCAUUGUUUGUUCAGUUGAAUAGGUUAAAUAGAUAUAAUUAGUAUUCCAAACAGAAAAAGAAAGUAUUUUAUUCCAAAAUGCUUAGUUCAAAUAUUCACAGUUUACUAUCAAGUUCCCUUUUCCACCUCACAACCUAAUUGGUCAAUAUCAAUAUUUUUUAGGCAAGAAGGAGAAAGCGCCCAUAGCUUUAACUAAUGAUAAAUAACCUUCUGUGACUCUAGGGCCUUCUACAAGGAACAGCAACUCUAAUUCAAGGAAAAUGUGGCUUACUUUCCAACAGUAGAGAUUAUUUUAGGUAACAUAGAGCCUGGCCAUAAAAAUACUGCUGUUAGAGAUUUUCUACGCUGAAUGUCGUUUUGGUACUUGUAGUUAGGUUUUGAUUUGAAUUGUAUUCCAGUCAUGGAGAAGAGAACUAACUCAUGAAAGCAAAGUAGAAGCACAGAGCACUAAUUGGGGGUUCAAAUUUCAUUACCCCUGAAAAUAAACAACUAGUCUACAUGUUUUCUAUUUUCAGAGUGAAAAAAAGCAAAACCAGAAACUGGAGAAGCUAUCUUAAGUUGUCUUAAGACUUUAGUCUCUUCCUGUUUCUUAAAACACAACUCUUUACCUUAAACUAGCACUUGUCUAUCUUUUCCCCCAUCUAAUAGCAGUGCAUUUUUCUUCUAAGACUGGUGUUACUUAAAUCCUCUUUCUCAUUGCAUCAUGGGCUCCAGGCUUCUCAUGCCGGCUUAGCCCGAUAGCAACACACGUGGGUUACAGCACAGCAAAGCCUCUGCUGUUUGGCUACAUAUCAAUGAGAAACUGCAAAGCUGCUUGGAAUCCUUCCCACAUGGGAAAAAAAAAUUAAGUUACUAAGCAAGAUCUAGCUCAUCUCCGAUCUUUCACAGACUUGUUCUAAUCUACUAGUAGAGUGUUUCAUUCCACAUUAGGUCUGCUAUUUCCCUGACAGUUUAAGCAAGGACAUCUGGAGUUAAGACUUAGAAUGCUGACUUUUGUUGUAUAGAAGUUGGUGUUGACAAGAGAGUAUAACAGAAUGCGGGUGCCAAUGAGAGGCUUAGAGAUCACCCUAAUAAUUUUUACAAAUAAAGAUUUGAGACUAGAGAGGUCUGACUUAGCUAAGGCAGUACAGCUAGUUGGUGACAGAGCUACAGCCAGAGCAAACCUCACCUGAUCCCAAUCUCACCUUGAUUUCCUCUCCCCAGAGAUUCCCAAGCCACCGUUGUGAUCUUUGCCAAUAAUACACUGUAUUUACCUAAUAUUUUAUUUAAAUGUACUCAUUUUUUAAACUUAAAUUUAUAUAAAAAGGAAGCUUAACCCCAGGAAGAAUAACUGUAAGGUAAUAUGUUUGAUUUACUAGAUAUAUAUAUUUUUCUAAUACCUUAAAAUAAAUGUAUAUCUAUUAAAAUGAGAAAUGUUACUUGGUGAACCCCUACAAUCAUUUUGUGUAGUGCCAGCAUUACUUAAGCCAUACUUGAGACCACACACCAGACCAUGAAUUUUCUGAUCUGGAGUUUGCAUGUUUAAAUGACUCGCAUAUGUAGAUGGCAAAAGCUAGUUAAAGUUCUAAUAAAAGCAUAAAAGAGUGUUUAGAGCACACCAGUCUUUGUUGUUAGAUUAUACAGGCUUGUUCACAAUCUUUCAAUUUCCGUUCGCUCUCCAGGAACCACGGAAUACAUUAUUCCUAAAUUAUGGACAUACUUAAAUUUGUAAAGAGAGUCAAAUAUAAAGUUUUCCAAAGUGGAAGAAAGACUGACAGUUUGAAACGUGGUUUCUCUGUUUCUUGUUAUGCUUUUGCUUUACCAAGUAAUUCUGUAAGUAAUCACUCUGAGAAUAGAAUCAUGAUCUGUGUUAUAGACCAUUGACAUACAAGAGUCCAGGGAUGAAAAGAGAGAUAUUAUUUACAUUUAUCUCAACCUUGAUCAUCUGAAUGAUGCAGACUAAACUAUGUGCUUCUAUCUUUUAAAGAAAAAUAGCUAAAGAAAAAAUAAUAACAUUAGGGUGUGUAAUCUGGUGUUACAAACACGUUCAAACUUUCCUUGACUUUUGCAGUGAAUAAGAACUGACAUGAAACACCUCAGGAGUGUUUGAAAAGCAGUGAGUGUUAUACAAAAUAAGGCUCUCAAAUACAUAUAAUAGCUAUUGAGUUGAAGUUUUAAUUUCUUGACAGACAUAUGUUUUCUAUGAUCUCAUUGGAGAAGUAUAGGUGUCAAAAGAAAAGGAUAUUAUAGGAAAUAUUCCUUAGAAAAUUAUAACCCUAUUUUUUUUUAAACUGGUAUUGGUGGACAAUGAUGGGAAAAUUCUUAUAUAACCAAUGUAGAUUUCUCAGGCAGUUUUA